UUUAAAAUUUUAAUUUAUUUUAUUUCCUUUGAAUCCUUCUCUUAUAUCAUGGCUUCUCUCUGACUCGUCAGGAUCCAAUUGCAUCAGACGUGAACAGACAGAGAGAUCCUCUUCGUUUGAUGCUCUUCAUCUUCUUACUCUAGAGUUCUCUGUAGUGGGUUUUGAGCUUCCUUCUCAAAUCAAUAUCAAACAUGGUUAAUCAAGAACCCAUUACAGCGAUUCUUCAAGAUGAAACGAGAAGAAGCACAAAAUUGGGUUUGGAGAUGAAAAUACAGAACAGGAGAGCAUUGUCUGUAAUUAACCAGAACCUCGUUGUUGCAAAAGCUUAUCCUUGCGUUGUUAACAAGAGAAGAGGCUUGUCUGAAUCUCAAGAAGAGACAAAGAAACUGAAACCAUCAGUUCCAAGCGGGAACGAGUUUGGUGAUUGUAUAUUCAUUGAUGAUGAAGAGGAAGAGGAAGAGGAAGCAGCUACAUUGGACCAAUCUAUGCCAAUGUCAUUAGAGGAACCUUACAUAGAAUCUGAUCCAAUGGAGGAAGAAGUUGAGAUGGAGGAGGAGGAACAAGAACCAGUUUUAGAUAUUGAUGUAGACGAUGCACACAACCCUCUUGCAGUUAUUGAAUACGUCCAAGAUCUACACGAGUUCUACAGAAAAAACGAGAGGUUUAGUUGUGUUCCUCAAGAUUACAUGGCGCAACAGUAUGACAUAACAGACAAAAUGAGAGCUAUACUUAUCGAUUGGCUCAUCGAGGUACAUGAUAAAUUUGAGCUAAUGAACGAGACGUUGUAUCUAACAGUGAACCUUAUAGAUAGAUUUUUAUCAAAGCAAGCUGUUGUAAGAAAGAAGCUUCAGCUUGUUGGUUUAGUUGCCUUGCUCUUAGCUUGCAAGUACGAAGAGGUUUCUGUACCUAUUGUUGAAGAUUUAGUUGUCAUCUCUGACAAAGCCUAUACCAGAAACGAUGUUUUAGAAAUGGAGAAGAUUAUGCUUAAUACUUUGCAAUUCAACAUGUCGUUGCCGACACAAUACCCUUUCUUGAAGAGGUUCCUCAAGGCAGCUCAAUCAGACAAGAAGCUUGAGAUGUUGGCAUCGUUCCUGAUGGAGCUGGCUCUUGUGGACUACGAAAUGCUACGUUAUCCACCAUCGUUACUAGCAGCCAGUGCAGUGUACACAGCUCAAUGUACAAUCCAUGGCUUCAGCGAAUGGAACAGCACUUGUGAAUUCCACAGUCACUACUCUGAGGACCAACUCAGAGAAUGUAGUAGAAGAAUGGUGAGUCUGCAUCAGAAGGCAGCGACUGAUAAACUAACAGGAGUACGUAGAAAAUACAGCUCGUCUAAGUUCGGAUACAUAGCAACAAAGUAUGAAGCUGCUGCUGCACACUUUCUUCUUGUGUCAGAUUCUCCAAAGCUAUAGCAAGCAAGAGAGACCUGACAUUUUUCAUUCUUAAUUUUUAAUUACAAAAAGAAACAACAAUUAAAUAAAUUCAAUUCUUUCUCUGAAUUUUAUUUGUAAUUUGAACUCUUUUUUCCUUUAUUGAUAUCUCAGCAAUAAAAACUCUCUAAUUUUCUGAUAAA